ACACCUCUUCAAAGGUGACUCGUACAUCCUAGAAAAAGAGUGGAGACGGCCACCCGUGCAACUCCAGAACUCUGGGGUUUACCACAUGAAGGGUGGCUUGAAAAGCUAGACUUCUUUACUCUAUCUUACUUCAGAUUAAGAGGUCAUCACUUCUGGGAACCUGUUAACCGAAGCAGUGAUGUCCGCAUCUUACAUUGACUCAUUCGAGAGAAGACUAGAAACCCAACGAGACAUACUAAGAAAGGAAUAAUAUAGGCCGUAAUUUUUCUGUUCAUACUACACAAGCUUAAUCUAUUGGACGUAUAUGCAAACUUACGAACGUUUUUGAAACAGUUUGGUACUGCUGGCUACAGUAAACCUUCAACAAUCAAAUGAGUUCUGUCGUUAGAAGAGCUUCUCAUGCUGGUAGUUGGUAUUCUUCAGACCGUACUAAGCUUAACAACCAGUUGCAGAAAUGGUUGUCUGAAGUAACUGUUGAUCGACAACCAGCCCGUGCUAUCAUUUCACCACAUGCGGGUUAUGACUAUUCGGGGCCUUGUGCUGCGUUUGCGUACAAACAAAUAGACCCUCGUCACAUUAAACGUAUUUUCGUAUUAGGUCCUGCACAUUAUAUGAGCCUCAGAGGAAAAUGCGCUCUAUCCACAGCGGACUACUUCGAGACUCCAUUGUACUCCUUGUCAAUUGGUAGAGAUGUAUACCGAGACCUCGAAAAAACAGGAGAGUUUGUUAGUCUCACUUUGGACAAAGACGAAGAAGAGCAUUCCAUAGAAAUGCAAAUGCCAUAUAUAGCAAAAAUGAUGGAAGGUUACCAAGGCAAAUUCUCUGUAGUACCAAUUUUGGUAGGAUAUUUGACUCCAGAAAGGGAAGCAGUUUAUGGUCAGAUUUUCUCCCGAUACCUAUCAAAUCUCGAGAACUUCUUCGUGAUAUCUUCUGAUUUUUGUCACUGGGGAAAAAGGUUUCAGUACACCUACUAUGAUCAAAGUAAAGGAGCAAUCUGGCAAUCCAUACAAGCACUUGAUGAAACGGGAAUGGAGUUAAUUGAGCGACUUGCUCCUUCUGAAUUUACAAGUUACUUGGAGCAAUAUGGUAACACCAUAUGCGGACGACACCCGAUAGGCGUAUUACUGCAAAUCGUUACGUAUUUACGCAGGAAUAUGCCCAAUAACAAUUUUAACAUGAAGUUUGUACGAUAUGCACAAUCAGAACACUGUAAUAAUAUGGACCAAUCAUCUGUCAGUUAUGCAGCUGGUGUGCUACAAAUAUCUUGAUAUAAGUAACUUUUCCUGCAUAUUAUAAUAUGUGUAUCGAUGUUUACAUUAAAGUAAAAAUCACAACUUUAGGGAUUGUCAAUUUUACUUCAAUAUAUAACAAACUUUUUCUUA